UUUCCUUCAGGGACAGGAAGAUCAUCCCGGCUAGCCUCAGGGGUGCCCUGGGAGUGGAGGUGAGGUUCCGGCGGCCGGCCCCCGUGCGCCCGCUGCUCGCUGCACGGCGCAGCCUGCAGUCCCCAGUGUCGGCGCGGAUCGGCGGCCUCGAGGCGCCGGGGCAGCGUUCGGCAUGUCGUCGGGCCUCCGCGCCGCAGACUUUCCCCGCUGGAAGCGCCACAUCGCGGAGGAACUGAGGCGCCGGGACCGGCUGCAGAGGCAGGCAUUCGAGGAGAUCAUCCUGCAGUAUACCAAGUUGCUGGAAAAGUCAGAUCUUCAUUCAGUAUUGGCCCAGAAACUACAAGCUGAAAAGCAUGACAUACCAAAUAGGCACGAGAUAAGUCCUGGACAUGAUGGUGCAUGGAGUGACAGUCAGCUACAAGAAAUGGCCCAGUUGAGGAUCAAACACCAGGAAGAACUGACAGAACUGCAUAAGAAACGUGGGGAGUUAGCUCAGUUGGUGAUUGACCUGAAUAACCAAAUGCAGCAGAAGGACAGGGAGAUGCAGGUGAAUGAAGCAAAAAUUGCAGAGUGUUUACAGACCAUCUCUAACCUGGAGACGGAAUGCCAGGACCUGCGCACCAAAUUGCAGGACCUGGAGCUAGCCAACCAGACCCUGAAGGAUGAGUAUGAUGCCCUGCAGAUUACUUUCACUGCUCUAGAGGAGAAACUGAGGAAAACUACUGAGGAAAACCAGGAGCUGGUCACCAGGUGGAUGGCUGAGAAGGCCCAGGAAGCAAAUCGCCUCAAUGCAGAAAAUGAGAAGGACUCCAGGAGGCGGCAAGCACGGCUGCAGAAAGAGCUUGCAGAGGCAGCAAAGGAACCCUUGCCUGUUGAACAGGAUGAUGACAUUGAAGUCAUUGUGGAUGAGACCUCAGAUCACACUGAAGAGACCUCUCCUGUGCGAGCCAUCAGCAGAGCAGCUACUAAGCGACUCUCGCAGCCUGCUGGAGGCCUUCUGGAUUCUAUCACUAAUAUCUUUGGGAGACGCUCUGUCUCUUCCAUCCCAGCCCCUCAGGAUAAUGUGGACACUCAUCCUGCUUCUGGUAAAGAUGUGAGAGUCCCAACUACUGCCAUGUAUGUGUUUGAUGCACAUGAUGGGGAAGUCAAUGCAGUGCAGUUCAGUCCAGGUUCCCGGUUACUGGCUACUGGAGGCAUGGACCGGAGGGUUAAACUUUGGGAAGCAUUUGGAGAUAAAUGUGAAUUAAAGGGUUCCUUGACUGGCAGUAACGCAGGGAUUACAAGCAUUGAAUUUGAUAGUGCUGGAGCUUACCUCUUAGCAGCUUCAAAUGAUUUUGCAAGUCGAAUCUGGACUGUGGAUGAUUAUCGAUUAAGGCACACACUCACAGGCCACAGUGGGAAAGUGCUCUCUGCCAAGUUCCUGCUGGACAAUGCUCGGAUAGUCUCAGGAAGUCACGACCGGACCCUCAAACUCUGGGAUCUACGCAGCAAAGUCUGCAUAAAGACAGUGUUUGCAGGAUCCAGCUGCAAUGACAUUGUUUGCACUGAGCAAUGUGUAAUGAGUGGACAUUUUGACAAGAAAAUUCGUUUCUGGGAUAUACGAUCAGAGAGUGUGGUCCGAGAAAUGGAACUGUUGGGGAAGAUCACUGCUCUGGACUUAAACCCCGAGAGAACUGAGCUCCUGAGCUGUUCCCGUGAUGACCUGCUGAAAGUCAUUGACCUCCGGACAAAUACUGUCAAGCAGACGUUCAGUGCCCCUGGCUUCAAAUGUGGCUCUGACUGGACCCGAGUUGUCUUCAGCCCUGAUGGCAGUUAUGUGACAGCAGGCUCAGCCGAGGGGUCUCUGUAUGUCUGGAGUGUGCUCACAGGGAAAGUGGAGAAGGUUCUUUCAAAACAGCACAGCUCCUCCAUAAAUGCAGUGGCCUGGGCCCCCUCGGGUUUGCAUGUUGUCAGCGUGGACAAAGGAAGCAAAGCUGUGUUGUGGGCACAACCUUGAUGCACCCCCUCAGGAGCAGCACGGAACCCCCACAGUAUCCAGAGAAGAGCUGGAACCAUGUGGUGCCGUGGCUUUCCUGAGAACUUUGACUUAAGGUCUCAAGUGGCCUAGAAGAACCAACACUGAACCACACUGACUCUGCAAGUACCUGGCAGAGGCUCGGAUUCUCGUCUGCGUUUGGGUGGGAAACACUACUAACUCUGACCUUCCAUACCUCAUGGGGAGCACAGGGUCCCUGCUGGGUCUCUCCACUGGACACAGUGCCAAGGACAGCCACACACACUGGGCAUUGGGUCCCCUGUUCUUUUCCUGUCUUUCCAAAGUCUGUUGUGGCCUGAUGCACACCCCUUUUCUGGGGUCGCUUACCCAGGGGACUCACUGAAGGCAUUGGGUCAGUGGAAACCAAAUGCAGGGCCUGUCCUCUUGUGACAAAGGAUAGAUGGAGCUGUUCCUUUGCAGGGCUGGUGGUGAAGCCCUACAUCUCGGCUGGCCUUCAGAAUGCCUGGCUCCCUUCCUGCCAACAUUUCCAUGUAGUUUUGUGUGUAUGUUUGUGUCAGAGAGAGUGUGAGCGCACGGAAUGGAAAGGACUUGUGCCAACCUUUCCCUGUCAGGUGGAUUCGCAGCAGAGGGUGGCUGAGUGCUCACCUGCGCGUUUUUGCUGAAGUCUGAAGUGGUGAGUUCAGCCACUGCCUGUGCCUGCAGUGGCCUUAGUGUUCGGUACAAGAAGCCAAUGUAGGAACUGGCUACGAUGAAGACUAGGAAAGCAUUGUGUCUGUUGCUCACCUGUGCACACGGUCUGAGCUCUGUGUCUGUGUGGCUGAAGCACCGUGUGUUUGUCACAUUUACUUUGCACUUUAUUUCUGGCCUCCACACUGGUUCUCUGGACAGGAGGGGUGCUAGAGCUAGGAAAGAGGGACACACAGUCUUUCUCAGACAUCUUCCCUGCCUGCGGCUUACCCCUUGGUUUGCUGCCAGAGAGCUUGUGCUGAUGGAAGUUGAAGUUCGCUGGCCAGGGCACAUCUUCUAUUUAUUUAAUUAUGUGUCCCAACAGAACUUGAUUGUAAAUAAAGAUAAAAAUUGUGUUAUAUACUUUUCAAA